UUAAAACUUACAAUAAAGCCGAUUAAUGGAGAAUCUUAUGUUUGGGUGAUAUGAAAGCGGUAAGAUAUAAAUACAUUUCCCCCAAAACCGUGAGCAAAUCAGCCUCGCCGGCUCAUUUCUAACAUUGUGUAAAGAAAAACUGCUCCCCUGCUCUGUGGAUUCGUCUUUUACCGGAAAGGUCCGUGUUUACAGGGCAGCUUUUGCUCCACGUUAGCAUCGUUGAGUUGAGCAGCGAACAGGAAUUAACUAGCUUUUUUUAAACUAACAGUUUGCUGAUUUCGCAGGAGAAAUAAAAUCUAAGACACCUGGCUGAUUGUGUGGCAAACUACGUUUAGCAUGAUUGUUUGGAGGCGGAAGGGCGACCGACAAGCAUGGCAAUAACCAGCUGGCUAACGUAGCGCCGAGGUUAGCCACCUAGGCAACUAACACCAGCAGCAGCUAACUUGUCCGCGACGGUACAUCUGCGCCAGUCAAACAGGUCCGGGAACAAGCGCGGCCAUGGGUGCGGAGAGCAGCGCGGUGCGGAGCUGCAUCCUGGAGGAGCCACUCCUCACUUUGCCCUCCGGACUCACCAUGUACUCGGCUGUGCUCCAGGAUGGAAAGCCAGCUUCUGUGUUUGUCCACAAGCGGGGCAAUGAAGACAAAGUCAAUAAAGCUGCCAAGCACCUGAAGACCUUAAGGCACCCUUGUCUGCUGCGCUUCCUGUCCUGCUCAGUGCAGGACGGCGGCAUCCACCUAGUGACGGAGCGUGUACAGCCCCUGGAGCUGCUGCUGGACAGCCUGUCUCCCGAGGAAAUCUGCGCAGGCAUCUACGACCUCCUGCAGGCGCUCGUCUUUCUGCAUGAGAGGGGCAAAUCAAGCCACAACAAUGUCUGCAUUUCAUCUGUUUAUGUCAGUGAAGAUGGUCAUUGGAAAUUGGGAGGGAUGGAGACUGUCUGCAAGUUCUGUGAAGCAACUCCAGAGUUUCUCACAAGCAUUCAGAAUGUGAGAGAGGGCAGCUGUGUUCCUCCAGAGGAGCAGGUUGAGGGCUUUAAAAUUCUUCCGGAUAAACAUGCUCACUCUCGGGACUGUUACUCUUUUGGAAUGAUGGUGGAGACCCUUAUCCCUCUCCUGAAUGGCUAUGUGUCACAGGAGCUGUCUGACAGUCUGAAGAAGACCCUGCAGGCAGGCCUGCUGAACUCUGACCCUUUGUCUCGACCUCCACUGAGCUCCCUGCUGACUCACGACUUUUUCAGGAAUGACUUUCUGGAAGUGAUGAACUUUCUGAAGAGCCUGACCCUGAAGAUGGAAGAAGAAAAAAAUGAAUUCUUUAAGUUUCUUCUAGACCGGGUCCAGAGUCUCCCUGAAGAGCUCAUAGCUGCACGCCUUGUCCCCAAACUCCUCAACUCUCUCGUUUUUGCAGAACCCAUGGCUGUCAAAAGCUUCCUGCCUCAUCUUCUAAGCCCAAAGAAGGAUUCCAGUGGUGGUGGUAGCAGUGAAGAAUGCUUGUUAUCUGUGACCCUUUACCGUAAACACGUGAUUCCUCAGCUUCUCAAGCUCUACAAGGUCAAUGAGGAACACGUGCGGAUCGUGCUGCUGGCUCACAUCCACAUCUACGCUGAGUUCUUCUCUCACGAUGAGCUCAAAAACCAGAUCCUGCCUCAGGUUUUGUUAGGAAUGAGAGACACCAAUGAUUCUCUGGUUGCCAUGACGCUGCAGAGUCUGGCGGUGUUGGUGCCCUUGCUGGGAGCUCAAGUGGUUGUUGGAGGAGAGAGAACCAAGGUCUUUAAACGCACCACACCCAACUUCACCAAGUCUACAGAGGUCACCCCUGAAACUUCACCUGUCCAUAUAGUUGGAGGUUCCCACCCUCAGCUGGCCCAGCCUUCCAAAGUCUUGAAUUUAUUCCCCAGACCGUCAGGGACUGAAAGCCUGGUCCUGGGAAAUAUAGGUAGUUUAGUGGGUGGUAGGGAGACUCCAAGAAGUUACCAAUCAGACAUGAGUAGACAGAUGUCUCUUCCUUUGAACGGCCUUCAUCAGGACAGUGAGAUGGAGCCAUUGUCGUACAGCCCAGAGCAGCCAGACAGACUAAAAGGCCCAGUGGAAGACUGGCCUGACUGGAGCGACCCUGAAGAAAGCGAGAACAGAGAUGGAAAGUCGGUCCAGAUCCACAUUCAGGCCUCAGAGAGAGUAAAUCCAGUCAGCAGCAGACGGCCACUCUCACACCAGAACAUUGAAGAGGAGCCGUGGGAGGACUUUGAGGAUACUGAACCUACCUCUGACCUCUCCCCUACUGCUCCUUUAUCAGACCCAGUUAUACUCACACCACCUAGAGGGGGCGCUGUUACUUCACCUGUAAAACAUGCUCCUGAAGCACUAAGACUGGGAUCCUCCAAACCUCUCAAAUUGACCUCAGCACUGCGACAAUCCACACAGAGCAAGAUCACUUCCUCAUGGGACAAUGGCUGGGCGCAAGAGGAGAGGGACUCUGAUAAAUCACUCAGUCCAUUCAACCCCAAACCCAAACCUACAGUGCCACAAAAGAAUGGUGGGAUAGGAGGUUUAGGGGAGGAGUUCACCAUUAAGGUGAAGAAAAAGGUAGAGCAAGACCCAGAGCUGGAUUUGUUUGCUGACAUGGUGCCGGACAUCAAGCUGUCUUCUCCAGCUCUGCUGCCUCUUGAAGAAAGCAGCGUGAGUGAUGCCGGACUGUCUACAACGUCCUCCGAAAACACUAAGUCUCUGCUGGUUGACUCAUCUAUCGAUACCAGAACACUCACUGCCAAGUUUGCAGCUGCCAACCUGACAGAGAUGGAAACAGAUGGCUGGGGAGACGACGACCUGAACUGGGAGGAUGGGAAUACUUGGUGAUGAGAGCUGAUCCGUUUGGUGCAAAAGACUUGAUGACCAGAAAAGCAACCCUCCGCAGCCAAACUGGAAGUUGCUUCUGGUCUCAUUUAACAACAUGAUGCAGUAAGAAUAAUAACGACAGGGAUGGGCUGAGACAUUUUAUAUCCUGUUCUCUUGGUUCAUGGACAUUUAUUAUCAGUAUGUUCAUUAAAAUAACUUUGGACUGGAAGGAUUGGCUGCUUGUCAGAUGGUGGUAGCCUUGGACAAAUUAAGCCACCCUUAAUUGUUUGCCAACUGAUACAACUCACCUCAAAAUGAAUGAUGGUCUUAAUCGGAGGUGAAUGUCAUUCUGUUUUCAUCUGCUUCUGUGACUUUUUUUUUUUUUGUUUAUUUUUAAUGUGCCAACUUCACUACUGGCAUUAAGAUCAAGAAACACUGCUUGGCAAGUUACAAUUUGUCCAAAAUGUGUCAGGUUUGAUUUACAGAAGGUUUGCACUUUGAAUGAAUGUGAAAUAGGAAUUACAUAAUUUAUUAGUAGCUUUUUGGUUGCUGGUGAAAUAAAGAUUUUACU